GCGAUGUCCACCCCGCCGCGCCGCCGCUCGCGCCGCCUCGCCUCCGCCGCCGCCGCCGCCCCCUCGCCAGACACGCCGCCGCCCGCCCGGCUCCUCGACCUCCCCAGGGAGCUCCUCGAGCGCGUCCUCUCUCGCUGCGACAGCCCCCUCGACAUCGCUCGCGUCGCGGCCGUCUCGCUGCUCUUCCACGCCUCGCUUGCGGAGGAGGGCAUCCGCUUGUGGGCGCAAGAGCGCGGCUUCGAGCUGCCGGCGCAGCCAGAGGGCGAGCGUUGCGUCGUGCAGUGGCUGUGCUUCGCUGCGCUGCUUUGCGAGUCCAACCCGCCGGUGAGGGCGGCGGGAAGCGAACGGCACAGCCUCGUGAAGAAGUGAGUGCUCGUGAGAGAGUGAUCUUUAUCGCUUGUUGAAACACGUUGUUAGCCGCUU